AUGGCGCCGGCGUCAACGAGUGCUCCCGCGCCUGCGACAGAGGCGAGACCGGGCAAGCGAAAGCGAUCGAGCGCCCGGGUCGCGUCAAGGAGCGCGCCCGACGUUGAACCCGAGGUCUUGGGCGCCACUCUGCCCACCGCCGGCCCCUCCGCUCUGAAUGCGCCGACGUCUGCGCCUGCCGCUCGGGACAGUGCACGCAAGGGCAAAGGAAGGAAGAGCGCCCGACUGCACCCGCCUCCCGAGCCUGCGCGCGAGCCCUCGGCAGACUCUGACAUCGUGGUCGUCGACGGCCCGCCUCCCAUGGCUUCGCUGCCCAUGGAGGCGCCCAGCCCAGAAGACGUGAAACCAAUCAUCGCAACUCAACCACCGCCCGCCGCGUCGAGCAACGCGCCUCCGCGCGGGGACUCGGAGAUCAAGAUGUCCGAGGAGGAGUACGACAUCCAACAGCACAAGCAGAUCACCGCCAAGCGCAAUUUCGACAAGGUCAACUUUGGGCAAUGGCAGAUCAAGACUUGGUACUUUUCUCCAUACCCGCUCUCAGAGACAGAGCCGGACGCGGCACCUCCAUCUACCGAUACCCGUAUUCCAGGCGUCACGCGUACGACGGCGCGCUCGCAUGGACGCACCAGCGACUUGCUAGCCGGUGGGCUCCAACGCGCACAUGCUGCCGGCGAGGCCGUGCUGUGGGUGUGCGACCGCUGCUUCAAGUACAUGGCCGACGGCACGAGCUACGAGGCACACGCGAGGAGAUGCACUAGGAAACAUCCUCCGGGGGAGAAGGUAUAUCAACGUGGUGCACACACCAUCUGGGAGGUCGACGGCGCGAAGGAGAAGCUCUACUGUCAGAACCUCUCGCUCUUCGGGAAGUUAUUCAUUGACGUGAAGACGCUAUUCUUUGAUUGCGACAACUUCCUGUUCUACCUCUUGACGGAUGCCGAUUCGCAACGCGAUCAUGUACUCGGCUUUUUUUCAAAGGAAAAGAUGUCUUACGACGGCUACAACCUGGCGUGUAUCAUCGCCUUUCCGCCUUAUCAACGUAAAGGCUACGGAAUGCUGAUGAUCGAGUUCAGUUACGAGCUUUCUCGACGAGCAGGACGAGUAGGAACACCGGAACGACCGCUGUCCGAGCUCGGCCUUCGAAGCUAUCUCACCUACUGGACAUCCACUAUUCUUCGCUACUUCAGGCACAUACUCUCAGUUCUCCCCGCCGACACUCAGCGAAUGACGACCACCAACGGUGUUCAAGACUUCUCCCUCAACCAGUCACCCGCUCCCGAAGGCGACGCUUCCUCCUCGACGGCCCGUAAGCGGCGCAAGACGAAAGGCUGGGACGGCGAAGCUCACGCCAUUUCCGCGCCUCCCCCUCCGCCUUUGCACGCAGCGCAUGCUCUGACGCGGACGCUCGAGACGCGCGCUAAUCCGGACGGCAGCGCGACGACGCAUGCGUCCGUGCGUUGUUCGUUGGAGAACAUCGCACGAGCCACGAACUUGCGCAUCGAGGAUGCCGCAUUCGCGAUGAGCGAGUGUGGCUUAUUACAGAGAAACUGGCUCAGGAAAGGGGACUGA